AUGAAGCUUCUGUGCAGUGUACUAAUCCUGGCCAGCGUUUUGGCAGUUCAAGCCGCACCCAAUACGCAGAUCCAGAACGCCUUGAAUCAGUAUCUGGUGCAUGCCCGCAAUCUGGAUACCAUCGUUUCUGAGGAUGUAACCACCCAGUGCUUCAACCUCUACAUGCCCAUGCUAAACGAGGUGGCUGCCACCUUCUCCAGUUCUUACCAAGGUUGCAUCAGCACCGCCAAUGCCCAGACUGCCAACUUGACUGGCCAGGCAGAUCAGCAGCAGAAGACCUACCAAUCGGAGGUCUCCAGCCUUUGCAGCGCCUUCACCUCCUGCGAUAGCAACAAUGAUACCACAAACUUCUUCAACUGCUAUGCCAACACGGCUCAGAAUGAUAUCACCGUAAUCUACGACCUCGCCAGCCAAGCUGCCAGUUCGGCAAACUCCUUGACAUCGGGCAUCCAGGCCAUCCAAAACACAGAGUACCUGUGCACCAAUGCAACGCAGAACGCCUAUGUCCGGGAUACGGCUGCCACCUACGAUCUGCUGGACAGCUGCCUAAAGUACGGAGUACCGGCUAGUACUGCCACAUCCACCACGCCAGCCCCCACCACUUCCACCACGGACGGUUCCUUCUUCUUCGAUCUUUGA